AAGGACGUUUGAGUAGUUGUUCAGCGGUUGACGUUCACUUUAGGCAACUACGUUGUGCGUGUGUGUGAUUUUGUGUGCGCAGAGCAAAUGAACCACCACAACAAACGGUACAAAACGUCCUGUUGAGAGCGUAAAAGAGAAUUUAGUGAAAGAAACAAAAAAUAUUUGAAAUUCUUUGUACAGCGUACAGAGUUGUUUGUGUAUCCUCGGUGUUAUAGAAACGAAAAACCCACCCAAACGUUGAACAUUUCUGAACCAAAAUCUUAAAAACAAUAACGUGUAAAUUUUUGGAAGCCGUCAAUUCGUCAAACAUCAAAAAAACAAACAGAAAUUAAUUAAAAAAUUUCUCUAACAAGAAAUGUCAGAGAAGCCCGCAGAAUAUCUCAAAAGAACCUGCCUCAUCUGUGGUUGUCAUACGAACCAAACCAUCAACAUUUACGAACCGCGCAGUGGGCCAAAUAUUGUGCAAUUGAUACAAGCAAAAUUCAAAUUCCAACCACUAAACGAAGAUAAAUACCUGUGCUUCAGUUGCAACAACUGGCUUAUAAAUUGGCACUCCUUACAGGCGCUUAACAGUAACGACGCUGAAAGCCCUUCCGGUACAUUUCGAUCCCAUUUGAACAGUAUGGUACAGGAGAAGGGAGCUAGUUCAUCACAACAGAGUGUUGCAGUAUGUCGGCCUAUUGCACAGGUACGUCCAUGUCAAUUGACAACUGACGCAAUAUCGCGCUGCAGCAUAAAGGCCUCGAUUGCUUCCAUUCCUCUGUGUGAACAGCAGCAAGCAAACACAACAAAUAUUACUGCCGCUGUUAGUCAAACUUUUAAAUCAACCAAUUUUACAAAGCGUAGCUUUCGUCACCGACAGCUCCUUACCGCACGCCCCAUUCAACGUAAGUGCAUGCGCAGCUGUAAUAAUUGUGGCCGUUCUAUUGUCAUACGCUCACGAUCUACUAUCACAAAUAUGGCUACCGCUAAGAAGAUCUACCAAAAUGCCAAAUGCAGUAAAUGCCGCGAAAUCAGUAACUGGCGUAAGAUAUUACUGCAAUUCAACCGACACGCAAAGUUCGCAUCAGCAGCAGUUAUACCAUCACAUAUCACCAAAGCGCAGCCAACAAAUCUAGUCAAAAGCUCAGAUAUAAAGCGAUCUCUUCUUUCUAAAAAAAAUAAAAGUGUGGAAUCGCAUAAGCCACGAAUUGCUAGAGUUAAGCCUUUACAUCUAUGCAAUACGGGGCGCCCGCAGCAGAAACAAACAAGCACCGGCAAUCGUCAAAUUAUUUACACCAGCAGCCACAGCUUACAACAACCAGUGGUUGACGGGCAUCUUGUAGCCCGAUUGAGCCGUUUAGGCACAACUUUAUCCCGUGAACUAAUUGAAAGCGAUGGUGAAACCACAACAAUUACGAGAACGCCAUAUACAGUAGCGCAGAACUCCUUUCCCGCCUCACAAAAAUCACUCAACACACUAAGUCAAAUGGAAGCCGAUGAUAUUUUAGUACAAUUCAAUGCAACCAUAGCGGAAGUACUUCCGACUCUUAUCGAUACGCACAAUCUACGAGCCAACAAGACAGGAUGGAACACAAACCGUAAACUUACGUAUCAAGUAUCUGUAACCGCAUACGAGUCAGACGAAGUGAUAGACUUGAGUGAUGAGUAGAAUGCUUGCAAUAAAAAUGCUAAUGAUUUCAAAAUGCUAAGCCAAAAUCAAACUUAAAUAACGGAAAGAUGGGAACCUAUUCAAUAUGAGCAAUUACACAAAAAUGUUCACAAAUAGCCACAAAUUUUAAAUAAUUAUUAGUCAAAUUUCUAGCCUCAUUUAUCGAAUUAAGUACAAUGUAGUCAGUCGUAUGCAGAAGACACAAAUUAUAUAAUGAAUGUAUAGAAUAGUCCAUGUUUUUUUAUUAUACUCAUUUAUGUUAAGUUAAAUUAUUUGAAGUAAAUGUUAGGAAUUAACCAGGUGCUUUGCAUCUGCCUCAAUUCAGUUCUAUUAUUUCGUAAUUCUCUCCUUUGACUGUUCCACACAAAUGAUUACUCCAUUUACAAGAUCGUCUAAGUUGUUAAAUUUUUUUUAUAUUUUAUUGUAAUUUAAGCUAAUCUAUGUAAUAUUAGUACCUUAUUUUAUUAUUAGACGAUAUCCUGGAGAAAAGCAUACUUAAAUCUUAUUGCAGACUGUAAAUAUUGUUCAGGUACGACAGUUUAAAUUAAGUUUAAGUAGAAUCUUAUAUACAUCUAAAAAGUCAUAUUUGAUUAGAUCCUUGACUUAUUAUAUCGUUCAAUAACUAAUAUAAUCCGAUCUAUUCACCAUUUGCAAAUCAAUUAAAGCGCGAAAUAA